GCAACCUUCAACUCAGCCUCCAGAAGUCACCCCCAGAGUUAAGCCCACACGUCCCAUCCCAUGAGAGACAUACCCCGGGUUAGCCCGAUCCUGGUUAUUUCUUCUCCUUUCCUUUCCUUCUUCGGGCAGGGCGGCUUCUUCCUACUGUUCUGUUGUGUAAAGGGAAAGCAAGACCCACACGGCCUACCCACCCGCCACCUUCUGUUGUUGAAUACCCUUGUUGUUGUUGUUCGCCCCCCCUCCAACAAACCCCAAAGCAUUGAUAUAAACGGAUACAACCCAACCAAUUCUUUGGCCUGACCUCGACCUCACUUUCUCUCAUAACCCCAUCCAACUUUUUACCACCACAACUUUCUCUUCCACCUCGGCACCUCUCGCCGCUAGGGUUUUGUACAUUUGGUUGUACGUACAACAUAUAGCUCUCGCAUUGAUUGUUCUGAAUCAAGAGAGAGAGAGAGAGAGAAUCUCGACUUUUGGACUUGAUAGUCUUGGCAUCGCCAAUCAUGGCUUCGUCAUCUUCCUCCGUGGCGGAGGUCGCUGCGGCUUUUCCAGAUGGCACUACCGACUUCAAGCCCAUGAGGAACACCAAGGGCUUUGACGCCAGCAAGCCGCACAUUUCCGAGACACCUAUGACCCUCAAGAACUGGCACAAGCACGUCAACUGGCUCAACACCACCUUCAUUCUGUUUGUGCCAAUGGCUGGUCUCAUAUCCACUUACUGGGUCCCUCUGCAGUGGAAGACGGCUGUCUGGGCUGUCAUCUACUACUUCAACACCGGCCUGGGAAUUACUGCCGGUUACCACCGACUUUGGGCUCACAGCUCCUACAAGGCCUCGCUUCCCCUCAAAAUCUACCUUGCCGCCGUUGGCGCCGGUGCCGUCGAGGGCUCUAUCAGAUGGUGGUCCAACGGCCACCGCGCACACCACCGAUACACCGAUACCGAGAAGGACCCCUACUCGGUCCGCAAGGGGCUCCUGUACUCUCACAUGGGAUGGAUGGUCCUGAAGCAGAACCCCAAGAAGCAGGGCCGUACCGAUAUCACCGACUUGAACGAGGACCCGGUUGUCGUUUGGCAGCACCGCAACUUCCUCAAGUGUGUCAUCUUCAUGGCCCUCGUAUUCCCCACACUGGUGGCUGGUCUCGGCUGGGGUGACUACUGGGGAGGUUUCAUCUACGGAGGUAUCCUGCGUGUCUUCUUCGUCCAGCAGGCCACCUUCUGCGUCAACUCGCUUGCCCACUGGCUCGGUGAUCAGCCUUUCGACGACCGCAACUCGCCGCGUGAUCACGUCAUCACCGCCCUCGUCACCCUUGGAGAGGGAUACCACAACUUCCACCACGAGUUCCCCUCGGACUACCGCAACGCCAUUGAGUGGUACCAGUAUGACCCCACUAAGUGGUCCAUCUGGAUCUGGAAGCAGCUCGGUCUUGCCCACAACCUGAAGCAGUUCCGCCAAAACGAGAUUGAGAAGGGACGUGUCCAGCAGCUGCAGAAGAAGCUCGAUCAGAAGCGCGCCAAGCUUGACUGGGGUAUUCCCCUGGAGCAGCUUCCCGUUGUCAGCUGGGAUGACUUUGUCGAGCAGUCCAAGAACGGAAAGGCAUGGAUUGCUGUUGCUGGUGUCAUCCACGACGUCGGUGACUUUAUCAAGGACCACCCUGGUGGCAGGGCUCUCAUAAACUCGGCUAUUGGCAAGGACGCAACCGCCAUCUUCAACGGCGGUGUUUACAACCACUCCAACGCCGCUCACAACCUGCUUUCGACCAUGCGUGUGGGUGUUUUGCGGGGCGGCUGCGAGGUUGAGAUCUGGAAGCGCGCCCAGUCGGAGAACAAGGAUGUUUCUACCGUCGUUGACUCUUCUGGCAACCGCAUCGUCCGCGCUGGCGGGCAAGCGACAAAGGUCGUCCAGCCGGUUCCGGGUGCCCAGGCUGCGUGAUUCCUGACGUUUCUGGUCUUAUUGGGUUACGGCUAUUCUCAUCGAUUACAGAGGGCUAGAAGUGCCGCAUGGUUGGUUCCCAAACCCCCUUUACGGGGUCGGGGCGCCGUGCAUUGCUCUGUGAUGAGCCAGCCAGAGAUUGCUGCUUUCACUGUCAUUGUUUGGCGUUGAGGUUUAGGUUCUUUUGUCUUGUUCUUGGGCGUCUCUUUAUAAUAAGUGGCAUUUGUUAUGAUUGUUAGAAGGGGAUCAAAAUUGUUGGUGAGCUACAGUAGGCUGGACGGCUUUGAUUGACUAGUUUGUUCAUCCGGUCUGCUCUGUACAUAGAUGUUGUCAUCACUCACAUGAAAAAUCUAGUCACAUAUGGUGACUCCAAGUUGUCCAAGUUAAUGUCCCCAACGCGUGAAAACUAGAAUUUUGUUUUAGUAGACCGAGUUUAGAGUGAAUAUGAAAUCGAGUAUCUUGUUGGCCCCCACGCGAGUACCUCGUCGGGCACCACAUUCUUUCAUCAUUCAAGGGUGCUACAGGCGCGGAGCCCAGUGGGACCGCCCGGCGUCUGCGGUAAGCGGAAGCUAUAGAUCAUGACGCGGAUUAUCUCCCCGUAGAAGAAGGACGGCAAAGGCCUGACCUGAGGUCUCCGCGUCGGAUAUGGGUAUGCGUGUGUAGAUUGAUCCUUCUUGUUGACGUCUAACUAGACGAAAACUUGAAUCCUUUGCCCGGUCCCUCGAAGAGACUAAGGUAUACAAGUAUAUCGUGUAUGAACGCAUUUUUCAAGAAGCGAAGGGGGGAUGAGGGGGGUUCGCUUAGAGGGCGACUUGUAUUUUUUGAGCCUACGAACAGCACAAAAGUUGAAAUCAAAACUUUAGUUUGCCAUUUGCAGCCUGCGGAUACUAUCCAAAUACGCCCGACAACAUCGAGCAGAGACCGUGAUGGGUGGCCCCCUCGAACAGGAGGGGAGGGAAACAAGUUCGCAACUGAUUGUGCGUUUCAACGGAUGGGGAAGAAGCUGAUGGUGGG